AUGAGUGGUGCCACCGAUCUCAAGGCUCCCGUUAUGCUCUUAACUGGGCACACUGGAGAGCUCUUUGCGUUAAGCUUUUCUCCAAAUGGAAAACAUUUGGCUUCCUCUGGUUUAGACAGAGAAAUUUUUUUAUUCAAUGUAUUUGGGGACUGUGAAAAUAUCGCAGUGUUAAAGGGACAUAAAAAUGCAGUAAUCGAGGUACAUUGGUCUCAUGAUAACGAUUUUAUCUUUUCAUGUUCGGCAGAUGAAACUUUGGGGUUAUGGGAUGUAGAAUAUCGCAAGCGUAUUAAAAAAUUUGUUGGACAUUGUGGAAUUGUGAAUGGGUGCUAUGGAUGUGGAGAAAGAUGCAUAGUUUCCGCCAGCGAUGAUGGCUGUGUUAAACUUUGGGACAUACGUACCAAGAAACAAAUCAAUUCACUUCAACACGAUUUUCAAAUUUUAUCUGUUUGCGCUGAUUCCCUAGGAGAAUUUAUCUAUUGCGGUUCGCUUGACAAUAUUAUAAGGGUUUAUGACUCUAGAACUUUUAAACAAAUUAUGCAAUUACAAGGACACAAAGAUUGCAUCACCUCGGUUCACCUAAACAAUAAUGGCACCAAAUUAGCAUCUAAUAGCAUGGAUCAGACCAUAAUUAUUUGGGAUGUACAGCCCUUUUGUCAAAAUAACACCAGGAUCGAAAGUACACUAACGGGACCCACGCACGAUUUUGAGCAUAAUUUAAUCAAAACUAGAUGGGGAAAGGGAUCAUUACUAGCUUCUGGAUCUGCAGAUAGCAAUGUAUAUGUUUUUGACACCUUAGAAUCUAAGAUGCUAUACAAGCUUGGCGGACAUUCUGGUUCUGUUAACGAUGUAGCAUUGCACCCACACCAACCAAUUCUAGCAUCGUGCAGCUCGGAUAAGACUAUUUACUUGGGUGAACUCAUUUGA